AUUAUCGGUUUGCAACCAAAUUCUCAUCCUUUUUAAAUCCCCAAAAGGAACCUUCUAGAACCAACAAACCCCCAAAUUCCUCUCCCAAUCUUCUCCAAGAUUUUCAUCAAUUACUAGUUUAAGGAUUUGAAGAUUCUGAUUUCUGAUUUCGAGUCUGUUUUUCAUAUCAUAGAAGCGGCGGUUGUUAUGGCUCCUCCGCCUACGGUGGAGCAGAACGGCGAGUCCACCUCCGGCGAGUCGACGCAGCGAGGCUCUCCGACGCCGUUUCUGAGCAAAACGUACCAGCUCGUCGACGAUCCCGCCAUCGAUGACGUCAUCGCCUGGAGCGGCGACGGAUCCAGCUUCGUGGUGAAGAACCCCACCGUGUUCGCCAGAGAUUUGCUGCCCAAGUAUUUCAAGCACAACAACUUCUCCAGCUUCGUCCGGCAGCUCAACACCUACGGAUUUCGGAAGAUUAUACCUGACCGGUGGGAAUUCUCCAACGACUGCUUCCGCAGAGGCGAGAAGCGGCUGCUCUGCGAAAUACAGCGGCGGAGAAUCACGCCUCCGGCGGUUGCUCCGGCAGUGAUUCCGGCGAAACCUAUCACCUCCCCGGCGAACUCCGGCGAGGAGCAGGUGACUACUUCGUCGAGCUCCUCGCCGCGGCCGAGGAUUCCGUGGCAGCUGGUGGAGGAGAACGAGAGGCUGAGGAAGGAGAACCUCCGGCUGACCAAGGAGCUGGCGGAGAUCAAGUCUCUCUGCCACAACAUCUUCUCCCUGGUGUCGAAUUACGCCUGUAAUAAGCCACCGGAGGGCGGUUUAGGUGAGUUGACACAGCUGAGUUUGAUGCCCGGGGAGCGGUUUUCCGGCGGGGAGACGAGUCCGAAGAUUUUCGGGGUGGAAAUCGGAGCGAAGCGGGCGAGGGAGGAAGGCGGUGGAGGCGAUGAGGAGACGGAUCUACGGCUGCGGCAACCGAGCGGUGGUGGCGUUGUGAAAUCAGAGCCGUCGGAUGUGGAGUAUCGUGAGAAGCCGUGGCUGAAGCAGUGCCACAGGGCUAAUCAGAGGGUGUGUAAUUGAUACGUAGACUUCACAUGUUAGAAGGGGAAGAGAGACAAGGAUUGAUGCACGUGUGAAGAUUUGGUACACGUGCGUCUUCAACCUACUUUCUUCUUUUGCUUUUAGAAGAAAAAAGGAUUUUACUUUUUAUGUUUUGGUUGUCGUUUGAUCUCUGGCUCUGGUAGCUUCCAUGAUUCAGCACAUGUAAUCUUUUAGCAAAGAGAAUAGUGAAUUAUGAAUGGAAGAUAAUUUUACUAUA